GAAAAUCAAAUUAAUAUCUUUAAGAGAGAAAGAACCCUGGUAAAGGCUGUGAUCCAGCAAUUCCUACAUUUGUAAUGUGCAUUUUCUUACUACCGAAGACAACCACGUAAAAAUGGAUGCCGUGCUCAAAGUGGGGGUGAGCACUAGGCGGGUAACUCACCGAACCCACCCAAAUCCACCAUAGUAUGGGUGGGUAUAGUGGAUGGAUGUGGGUUAUUUCCAGUCUAACCCGUCAUGAAUCGGUGUGGUUUGAACCCACCCAUAAUAGAAAUUAAAUCGCUAAAACUCCUCCUCCAAACACUGGGUUAAAUGCAUGGCGUGCCACUUAAGUAUAAGAUAUGUUGCACACUAACCCGUUAACUUAUUUUUGUGCUACGUACUCUAUACUUACGUGGUACGCAUGCAUUUAACCCUUCUAACACUCCUUAUUGGAGCAAAAUUCUUUAUGGUGUGGCUAGAAUGCCAAAUGUAGCCCCAAACAUUUUAAACUUUGGCACUCUUUAUUGAGAUGGUUUUCGUGCAAAUUGGGUUGCACGUUCAUGUGCUCAUAAUAUCCUCCUGCAGGACUGAAUCAAUACUCGAUAUCAUGUCUCCCUAUUGUAAUUUUACGUGAAAACAUGAUUAUGAAAAUGCACAAAACUAAUGUGUUGUAAGAAAUAAAGAUAGAUUGUCGAUCUAGCAAUCGAGUCGGGCUGGAUAAUUUCGGAUCGGGGAUCUCGAGUUACGGGUCAUCACAGGCGAAUCUUGUUUGGGUUGGCUGAUUUUGAAUCAAAUAUUGACCCAAUCCAAAACUUUUGGGUCGGGUUUCAAGUUACGAGCGUUCUCAGAAACAAGAAUAAAUAUGCUUCAUAUUUUUUUAAAGAAAUACAAAUUUUCAUAUAAUUAUGUCAAUAAUUUGUCUAACACAUGUCAAUUCAUAUAUGCUCAAAUCCUCACAUGUUAAUUAAAGGAAAUACAGGCCGCACAAAUCUAAAAAAAAAAUGGUCAUGAGAGUAAUACUAGUACAAGAAGCACGUGAUAUUUGAUUAUUCCUACACUCCAAACUUGUUUUUCAUAUCGUUGUGAAUUUUGUUAAGCAUAUCACUGAUUCUAUCAUUUUGGGAAUGAGAGAUGAUAUGGAACUCGUUAAAUGGAUCGAUCCGGUGACGGGUGACCCAUCCAAUCCAACCAAAAAAAUUGCGGGUCAAUCCGGGUUAUAAAAACCUCAACCACCAAUUUUAAUUUGGUUCGGGUGGGCAUAAUUCGCUAGGUCUAAAUUUGAUUGGGUAAAACCCGAACCGAAGGUGAAGAGUCAAGACCCGCCCCGAGAGAUGGAAUGUGGUGAGAUGUGGGAGGGAUAUAUAUGUAAAUUUAUCGAUUCCACUAGCAAAAAGCGAAGCUCUCGCUUUCGAUUCGAAGACCGCCGAGCCCGAGAGAAAGGAGGAAGAAAAUACUGCUGAAGCCAGAGGAGAGGCAAAAUAGCUGGACGGCGAGAGCGAACAGUCAGUUUCCGGUCUCGCUUCUCUUUCUUUCACACCGCGCAAACAUGUUGUUCUUCUCUUACUUCAAAGACCUGGUGGGCAGAGAAGUGACGGUGGAGCUCAAGAAUGAUUUGGCAAUAAGAGGAACCCUUCACUCUGUGGAUCAAUACCUCAACAUCAAGCUCGAGAACACUCGCGUUGUUGACCAAGACAAGUACCCUCACAUGCUUUCAGUGAGGAACUGUUUCAUCAGGGGGUCCGUGGUUAGAUAUGUUCAGCUACCUCCGGAUGGCGUUGAUGUAGAUCUGCUUCACGAUGCUACCAGGAGAGAGGCUCGUGGCGGUUGAAUGUUUUUUCUGUGUCAAACCAUUUCCUCAUGUACCAUGUCGCUCAGUAGUUGAUGUAACUGUUCAACCUCUAUACAAAGCUCUCUUAACAAUCAAAAUGUUGCUUUCUAUGAAAGGCAAAGUAGGAAGUUACAUAAACAGAGACGAGGCAUGGGAGCACCAUGAUUGUUUUUAACAUUUCUGCUAUUACAUGGAACCUG